AGUGAGGCUCUAGGUUUUUACCUGGUUCAAGUAUGGUGUGUCAUGGUCUCUAGAAAUAGCUACAGAGCAAGGCAGAGGCUUUCUUCUGGGAUAGGAGCAGAAAUAUAGAGAGCUUGUUGCUUUCUUAGUUCUUAGGGCAAAGGUUUUCCUCCUGCUUGAUCUGUUUUUUCCAGGAGGGAGGGGAGAGUAAGGGAUUGGAGAAAACAACCCUCCUCCUCUUCUUGCAUGGUUUACUUCAUUAAAUCAUCAGACAUCAAGCUGGCAGUGUACUUGCUAAGGUCUUGUUCUGCACUGGUGUGCUGAGGCAGCAGGGCACAGGAAUGAGAAUGGUUCCUGAGGAUGUCGGGAAUCCUUCUCUUGUCCUCGUGUGGAAAUAGUAGGGCUAUAUGAAGCACACAGUAAAAUGCCUGUAUAGCCUAGUCUGCCAGCGCUGUUGCUCCCACCAGCAGAGAGCACUGAAGGUGAAUUACAGCUUUAACUCUUGCUGAUCGGGACAUUUUUCUGUGCUGGCUGUGCCCUGUGCCUCAAGGUUUAUGUGGGAGCAGGCAGUGCAGGGCUUGGUGCACAAGCAGAAGACCAGCGUGAUCUGGGAGUCAGGCAGAGGAGAUCGUCCUUGGUGUGGUCUUCUUGAGCUGAAAGGAUGAAAAUUGGCGAUUGGAAAGUCACCGUCACUGUCCUAAGCUUCAUCCUAAAUUCUGGAGUCCCAGCUGAUGUCUUUGGGUGUACGAGCCUACGAGAGUGUCCACUGUCCCCUUCCAUGAUUUAGACAGCGACUUGGAGCAUGCAUCACUAGCGGGAUGGUCGGCCACCAAAGCUGCAAUGUCGUCCCUGACGACCUCCAGUGAGGGAGAGAACUCCACUCCCAGGUUUGUUGUCGGUUCCAGGGACGAUGAGACAGACUUUCUGGGAUCAAACAUGAAGACAGACGAAACCGAUUUGUUUGAAGAUGAUGAAGAGGAGGAGUCGCCACCUGAACGGCAGAUUGUGGUUGGAAUCUGUGCCAUGACCAAAAAGUCCAAGUCAAAGCCCAUGACACAGAUUCUGGAGCGUCUGUGCAAGUUUGAGUAUAUCACAGUGGUGAUUAUGGGGGAAGAUGUUAUUCUGAAUGAACCGGUGGAGAACUGGCCCUCUUGUGACUGCCUAAUAUCAUUCCACUCCAAAGGAUUCCCACUGGAUAAAGCGGUUGCUUACGCCAAGCUGUGCAAGCCAUUUCUGAUUAAUGACCUUGAUAUGCAGUAUUAUAUCCAGGACAGGCGUGAAGUGUAUCGGAUCCUUCAAGAAGAGGGAAUAGACUUGCCCCGCUAUGCUGUGCUCAAUCGAGACCCUGAUAGACCAGAAGAGUGCAACUUGGUGGAAGGAGAGGACCACGUGGAGGUAAACGGAGCUGUUUUCCCAAAGCCAUUUGUAGAGAAGCCAGUCAGUGCUGAAGACCAUAAUGUGUAUAUUUACUACCCGACAUCAGCAGGUGGGGGCAGCCAGCGGCUCUUUCGGAAGAUUGGCAGCCGGAGUAGUGUGUACUCCCCAGAGAGCAGUGUGAGGAAGACAGGCUCAUACAUUUACGAGGAGUUCAUGCCUACAGAUGGCACUGAUGUAAAGGUGUACACUGUUGGGCCAGACUAUGCCCAUGCAGAAGCUCGCAAGUCCCCUGCUUUGGAUGGGAAGGUUGAACGGGACAGUGAAGGGAAAGAAAUCCGUUACCCAGUCAUGCUGACUGCCAUGGAGAAACUAGUUGCCCGGAAAGUCUGUGUAGCCUUUAAGCAAACAGUGUGUGGGUUCGACCUCCUGCGAGCAAAUGGCCACUCUUUUGUUUGCGAUGUGAACGGCUUCAGUUUUGUGAAGAACUCUAUGAAGUAUUAUGAUGACUGUGCCAAAAUCCUCGGAAAUAUAAUCAUGCGGGAAUUGGCUCCCCAGUUUCAUAUUCCCUGGUCCAUCCCAACAGAGGCAGAAGACAUUCCCAUUGUCCCCACAACUUCAGGCACCAUGAUGGAGCUUCGUUGUGUUAUUGCAGUCAUCCGGCAUGGAGAUCGCACCCCAAAGCAGAAGAUGAAGAUGGAAGUUAAGCAUCCCCGGUUCUUUGAAUUAUUUGAGAAAUAUGAUGGCUACAAGACAGGGAAGUUGAAGCUGAAGAAACCAGAGCAGCUACAGGAAGUGCUGGACAUUGCACGACAGCUUGUGGUGGACCUGGGAACCCACAGUGAUUGUGAGAUUGAGGAGAGGAAAUCCAAACUGGAACAGCUGAAGAGCGUCUUGGAGAUGUAUGGACAUUUUUCUGGCAUUAACCGUAAGGUUCAGUUGACCUAUCUGCCUCAUGGACAUCCAAAAGCUGCAAGUGAAGACGAAGAAGCUCGCCGAGAGUCUUCCCCAUCCCUCCUCCUGGUGCUUAAGUGGGGUGGAGAGCUGACACCAGCAGGAAGGGUCCAGGCAGAAGAGCUGGGGCGAGCCUUUCGCUGUAUGUACCCUGGUGGCCAAGGUGAUUACGCUGGUUUCCCUGGAUGUGGCUUGCUGAGGCUGCACAGCACCUACCGUCAUGAUCUCAAGAUUUAUGCCUCAGAUGAGGGACGAGUUCAGAUGACAGCAGCAGCUUUUGCAAAGGGUUUGCUGGCCCUGGAGGGAGAGCUCACCCCUAUCCUGGUGCAAAUGGUGAAAAGUGCCAAUAUGAAUGGUCUCCUGGACAGUGACAGUGAUUCCCUUAGCAGCUGCCAACACAGAGUGAAGGCACGACUGCAUGAAAUCAUGCAGAAGGAUGCUGAUUUCUGUGAAGAGGAUUAUGAAAAGCUAGCACCUACAGGCAGUGCUUCUCUGCUCAACUCCAUGACAUUUAUCCAGAACCCAGUAGAGGUCUGUAACCAGGUGUUCACCCUGAUUGAGAAUCUUACCUCCCAGAUACGAAAACGUCUGGAAGACCCAAAAUCUGCAGACCUGCAGCUGUACCACAGUGAGACUUUAGAACUGAUGCUGCAACGCUGGAGUAAGCUGGAACGAGAUUUCCGCAUGAAGAAUGGGCGUUACGACAUCAGCAAGAUCCCUGAUAUCUACGACUGCAUCAAGUAUGAUGUACAGCACAACUGUGCGCUGAAACUGGAAGGCACAGCUGAACUCUUCAAACUCUCCAAAGCCCUGGCAGAUGUGAUCAUACCCCAGGAAUAUGGGAUUAAUAAGGAGGAGAAACUGGAGAUUGCUAUUGGCUUUUGUCUUCCUCUCAUUAAAAAGAUCCAGUUGGACCUACAGAGAACCCAUGAAGAUGAGUCUGUCAACAAACUACAUCCCUUGUACUCAAGAGGAGUUCUGUCACCAGGUCGCCACGUUCGGACACGGCUCUACUUCACCAGUGAGAGCCAUGUGCACUCUCUGCUCAGUAUCUUCCGCUAUGGGGGUCUCCUGGAUGAAAACAAAGACCAGCAGUGGAAGAGAGCCAUGGACUAUUUGAGUGCUAUCUCAGAGCUGAACUACAUGACCCAGAUUGUUAUCAUGCUCUACGAGGACAACAACAAGGACCCGUCUUCAGAAGAGCGUUUCCAUGUGGAGCUGCAUUUCAGCCCUGGCGUGAAAGGCUGUGAGGAAGACAGAAACGUGCCCACGGGGUUUGGCUUUCGGCCUGCCUCCGCGGAGAACGAGGACAAGAAAGCUGACCAAGGCAGCCUGGAGGACCUCUCCAAAGAGAAGGGUGUAGAUGAGCCAGACCGCGCACAGCAAAGGUCUCCGCAGCCUUCCGAGCCCGUCAGCAUUCAGCGAAGAUCACCGCUGAUCAGGAACCGGAAAACAGGGUCCAUGGAGGUGCUAUCUGAAUCUUCUUCCAAAUCAGGAGGUUAUCGCCUCUUCAGCACUUAUUCCAGGCAGUCUUCUGAGAUGAAGCAAAGUGGCUUAGGGUCACAAUGCACCGGCCUGUUUAGCACCACUGUGCUGGGAGGCUCCUCCAGUGCCCCCAACCUCCAGGACUACGCACGCAGCCAUGGCAAAAAGUUUGCCAGCAGCCUGACAUACAAAGACGAGCUCUUGUCUAUGCCAGCCGUAAAACGAUUUUCUGUGUCGUUUGCAAAGCAUCCGACUAAUGCUGCACCUGCCCCUCUCCUCUCACUCUCUAUGGCCCCCUUUCCUCCAGAUGUGUUUGAGCACCACCACGUUGCCCAGUUGCUGCGCCGUUUUUCCUCUGACUAUGCCACGAGCCGGAACAUCUCCCUGGAUGCCACUCUAGCCCAUCACCUCCAGCAGUGCUCCUACCACCUGCGCCUCUUCAGGAGCUGGCUGAUCUCAGGGCAGGAUGACUUGGAGUGUCUUUACGGUUUUGAAGGCUGUUCCAUGGUUCCCACCAUUUAUCCCCUGGAGACCCUGCACAACUCCCUCUCUUUGCGACAGGUCAAUGAGUUCCUGACGGCUGUGUGCAGGAGUUGCAGCGAAUCGCAUGUCCAGUCUACUGCAGCUUUGUUUGAUUCAAUGAUUGGCAGCCAGAUACCAGGAGACCCCUUUAUGUCCCAGAGAAUCCUGUCAUCAUCCUCUUUGCCAUUGCGCCAGCGUUCGGAUAAGCCCCCUUGGUACAGCAGUGGCCCCUCCAGUACUGUCUCCAGUGCAGGCCCAUCCUCCCCAACCUCUGUGGACAACUGCGCUCGUUUCAGCUUCACUGAGAAACUUUCCAUCAGUCCCCCCAAAAGUGAGGAGCAGCUGACUAGCCAGUCCCCUGAGCAAGAAGAGAGACAGCCUCCAGGCAGAGGGCUUGAUGUGGAGGUGGGCAUGUCUGGGUUGUCAGUGGCAGAGCCAAGUGCCCCAGAGACCCUGACCUGGAAUAAGGGGCCAGAGCCAGGCAAGGUCCUGGAGCUCUGCAAGAAGGAGCUGGUGGAGGAGGACUCUAACCCAGAGGAGAAGAGCAGGGUGGACCUGGAUGAAGAAGAAUCAGCUGGGGAAAUGUUAGAGCCAAGUAACACAGGGAACCCAAAGUGUGGUGCAGGGUCUGAUAUAAGGCUGGCUGGGGAGAGAGAGAAGCCAGGUGAGGGGUAUAUAGGGGGAAUGACUGGCCUGGAUCAGUCAGGGCUGUCCAAGGAGAUCUUGGUGCCCUGUGAAGAGGAGCUGCUGGGAGAGGUGUUGGACCCAGAGCAUAUGGGCGAGGAGCUGCUCGGGGGCAGUGCUCUGUCAGGCCAGCUUCUGACUGGUCACCUGCAGCAGGUGCAGCCACUGCCUCCUGAGAAGAGCAUGGAGGAGCUGCAGCCGCUGUGUUGGGAGGAUCAGCAGAAUUAGUGGCUCACUGGACAGCACACUGCAAGCGUUUCCUAGCCUGGAGGCAGCCCAGCUUCCUGCACAGCACCUCAUGCAGCUGGCUGUCCACAGCACAGAACAAGCCAUGUCCCAAGGCCACAGGACUCUGGGGUGUGGAAGAGUCUGCUCUGCUCCUCCACAAGCCAGCUCUUUGCCAUUCGGCAAGAGACAAUGCCCCAUCUGCCUUGUUAAAUUAAUAACAAAUGCAGUCUUGGUACUGGCAUAGCACCUACAUGGAGCAGGGACAUAGGGCUGCAUUGGUGUCCUGAGGGCUGUAUGCUCGCUGGGACAGCAGAGUUAGAGGAUUGGUAUGGCCAAGGCUUUUGGGGUGGUAAGUCCAAAGGGGACAGAUGCUCCCUUGAGAUUUUUUUGGCCCAUAGCCUUCAGAGGAAGGUAUUCUGGGCCCAAAGUAAUUGGAUCCAUCACAACCACCAACCUCCUCUCUGUUCCUUCCUUCUUCCUCUCUCAAUUCCCACCACUGGCCACCAAGAAUAGGUCCAGAGUCCAUGGCAGGAAGACUAGGAGAAGCAGAAAGCACUCUGAAUGAGUGUGGGAAGGACAGUAAUGAGGGGAUCAGGUUCAAGACUGCCACAUGCAAGAAAACAUCUCUUUGAUGUGGACUUGGAUGUUUUCCUGCUGGGCUGGGGCAGGCAGGCAGGAGCCUGGGGAUCCAGCCUGAGAGAGGUGGGCAGGGAGGACACACACGGGUUUUAUUCUAGUCCCCAAGGGUCAGGCAGGGUACAGCUCUGAAGUCUUGGUGACAGAAAUUAAAAGAAACUGCUAUUUGAACAAAUCAGGAUUAUUAGAAACCAAUAAGGAGAAAUCUUUAUUAUAUAUAAAAUGAAAAGUAUUUAAUACAUAUUUAUGUAAAUGACUUGUGAGCACAAGCCUGAGGGCAAGAUUGACACGGGUGUCCCUGUCGCAUCCUGAGUGCAGGCCAGGGCUGUGCCUCCUGCGCCUCCUGUAUUUAUGGACAAGUCUGCGUGUUUGUCUGUAGCUAGGAUCUGUGUUUUUGUGAAGCUGUGCCCAAAGAUCUCCACGCUGUGUUGUGAUGAUGUGUAUUCACAGUAAAUCUAUGCUGUGGG